AUGAACGUCAUAAAACGAACGAAGGCUCAGCCCGUCUUCUCAAGAAACAAUGAAGGUCUGAGUCAACCUGAACGUCGUAUUAAAGCCAAACUACUUCAGUGCAGCGCAAAUCAGUCGUCUUCUGGUGAAAUUGACCUACGAAUCUCUUCAGCAUGCACUUACAGACCAACGAAAGUCUUCAUAACAUUCUAUCAUGAAUCAAUUAACCACAAACAGCAAAUCCACGAGAACCCAUCAGGCAUCUUUUCAGAACCGGUUUCUCAGGCUAAUCUGGCUACUAUUACUAAUCCUUCCAUUAUGCAAGAGGCUUCUCAUGUUUCCAUCACCUCUACUCACACAUCGGAUCGUGGGGGAAACGAAGUGGCAGUGUCAGCAGUGGAAUUUUCGCCUCCCAUUCAGUCAGAUUACUCAUCCAGAUCGGGCCGUCCACAAGCCUUGGGUGUUCAAAGUCAUUGCUUAGCCCCACCAAAUUUUUGCCAGCCCAACUCAUCAGAAGGCCAGUCUCUUUUCUCCAACUCUUCAAUAAGACCAAUCGAGUUUUUUCCCAAACUUCCACAAUCAUUGGUUGCUCAUUCCGACUCAUGCAGCACACGGUAA